GCCGGAGUGAGCCGAGCGGCGCGUCCGGGCGGAGCGGGCGGCGGCGUGCAGGACCCGACGGCUCGGAGGCGUCGCGGAGCGGGGGCCGGCGCGGCGCGGAGGCAGGAGAGCGAGAGGGGGCCCUGCCCGGGAGACCAGGGUGGGAGGCCUGCGGGAGGCAGCUGGCCUGGAGCUGAGCCUGGAGCGGUCCCGGCCCGGCAGGCCCUGGGAGCCCGGGGGAGGAGGAGCCAAGUGAUCCCGAAGGGACGCAGAGUCCCUCCCGGGUCCCAGUUGUCCUUUGAAUCCUGGGGGGUUUCGUCCCUGUUUCCUGAGCCUCAGUGGGGACCACAGACCCUCCCUCUGACCCCGAUAGGGACCCCAGGUCCCCCUCCUGAGCCUGGGGGCGUCCCCUAGCCCCCUUCUCUGGACCCCACUGUGUCUCUGAGCCACUAGUCCCCUCUCUCAGACCCAGGGAGACUUGCUCUGAUCUCUCUUCUCUGAAUGGCCUGGGAGACACCCACCCCCUUUUCCUGAAGCCAAGCCAGGACUCCACUGUCCCCUGUGUGAAUGUUGGGGGUCCUACAGCCUUGCGGAGACCCAGGAGUUCUGAUCUCUUCUGAACCCCAGAGGGGAACCAACCUCUCCCUCCCCAGACUCUGAGCCCAAAAGGAACCAGGAGGCAUCUCCUCUGACACUCAGAGGACCUCAGCAACCCUCCCUGGGUACCCCAAGCUCUGAGCCUUAGUGGGGUGCUCAGAUCCCCUCCCCCCCAGGACACCCAGUUUCCCUCUGGUGAUUCACCCCAGUGGGGACCCAGAGCAGCCCCUCAGAGCCUCAGCCAGUGCUCAGUUCUCCUUCCUCUGGAGCCGUGAGGUCCCCCUCCUAGAGACCCAGCUUCUAGCUCUGGGCCUUGGGGGUCCCUUGCUUUUCUUCUGGGUCCCACCUUCCUUGCAGAGUUUUUGCGGCCUCCCCAGGCCCUCCUCGGAAUUUAGAGGGUUUCCGGGGCAGGAGGCUCUAUUUUUUUCUCUUCUAAGCUCCAGAGGUGACCUCGACUCCCCCACUGGAGGUUCCAGGGAAGAUUCCCAUCUUCCUUUCUCAGAAUCCAGUGGAAACUGAGCCCCUCACCUCCUUCAGGACCCCAGGCGCUCCCCUCCCCGCUCCCCAGCUCUGCGUCCUUUGCACCUGUUCUGAGCCCCGUGGGCUGCGGCCUCUAGGAUGAUGAUGUGGUCCAACUUUUUCAUGCAAGAGGAGGACCGGCGGCGUCGGGAGGCUGUGGGCCGGCGGCUGGCUCAGGGGCAGCACCAGCUGACGCCGGAGCGGGAGGGGAAGAUCAAGCUGGGGCUGCUGCUGAGCGCCGUGGGCUCCACGCUGGCCGUGCUGGCCGUGGGCACCGAGUUCUGGGUAGAGCUCAACACCUACAAGACCAAUGGCAGCGCUAUCUGCGAUGCUGCCCACCUGGGGCUCUGGAAGAUGUGCACCAAGCGACUGUGGCAGGCCGACGUGCCCGCGGGCAGAGACACCUGCGGCCCCGCAGAGCUGCCUGGAGAAGCAAACUGUACCUAUUUUAAAUUCUUUACUACGGGGGAGAAUGCACGCAUCUUCCAGAGAACUACAAAGAAAGAGGUAAAUCUGGCAGCUGCAGUGAUAGCAGUGCUAGGCCUGGCAGUCAUGGCCUUGGGGUGCCUCUGUAUCAUCAUGGUGCUCAGCAAAGGUGCAGACUUCCUACUCCGAGUUGGGGCCGUCUGCUUUGGCCUCUCAGGUCUUACUCAAAUGGCUUUUCCUGGUGACAUCAUCUUAAAGUCCCUGCUCUACCUUGGAUGUCACUCCCCUUCCCAUCACGCUGUUUUUAUCUCCUUUCCGGGCACACAUCACUCUCUGAAAUAAUCUUGUCUUCUCAUGUGUUUACUUUGGAAGCUACAACCUGGCAGCCCACAGCUAACAAUGACCCGUAAGUGUACUUUGACGGACAGUGCAUAAAGAUUUCUCUGAGCAAAUAUUUAAAGGUGUUGGGCAAAUUUCCAUAAAAAUAGUCAUCAUUUUAAAAAUUCCAGCUAUCCUUGAAAAAUCAGAAGGUCUGGCAAUUGAAGUCCCCAUUUCUGAAGGGUUGCAGUUGGCCAAAGCUGAGUUUUGGCUACUCUCUGUCAUAUUUCCCACCACACUCACCUGCCUCGUUGAUUUAUGCUUUCUCUCGUCGCCUCCUGCAGGCAUCUGAGGUUUGCAAGCCUUGGUUUAUUUUCUCACCACCUCUCUUGUCCAAGUAGAAUAUAAGCUCCAUGAGGUUAGGGUCUUUGUCUGUCUUGUUCUUUCUUCUUUUCUUGCCAUUGUUGUUUUUAAUCAAACUGCAUUGCAACUUGACUGCCUUUCUUUUCAUUUUAUGAUCCCUCAUCUUUAUUGGGGUAUGAUUAAUGGGCUUUACUGGGGUAUGAUUGAUGAAUGGAAAUUGUAGAUCUUUAAGGUGUACAACUUGAUGUGUUGAUAUACAUGCAUGUUGUGAAUUGAUCACCACAGUCAGCCUAGUUCACGCUAUCCAUCACCCCACAUGGCUACCUUUGUGUAUGUGGUGGGAACUCUGAGGAUCUAGUCUCCUAGCAGAUUUCGAGUGUAUGAUUGUGUUGCUAACUAUAGUCACCCAGCUGUACAUCAGAUCCCCACAACUCAUUUGCCUUGCAUAGUUGAAUUCUGUGCCCUUUGCCCCACAUCUCCCCAUAUUCCCUCC